UUGGAGUUUUGUGUUUCGUGAAAUAUGUAAUUAAGUCUGUACUCAUGGUCCAUUGGCAACAUCCAAACUUCCACGCCUUCCUGCCCAUCGGUCACUCCUACACGUCUAUCUUAUCGGACAUGCUGGCGGAUGGUCUUGGAAUCCUGCCGUUUUCUUGGGCUUCAAGUCCUGCUGGCGUGGAGUUGGAGUAUUUGGUGCUGGAUUGGGUCGGAAAAAUGGUUGGAUUACCAGAACAUUUCAUGAACUCUAGCGGACAAGGAGGCGGUUGUAUACAGAGCUCAGCCAGCGAGUGCGUGCUGAUCGCCCUACUGUCGGCCAGACACCGGACCAUCCAGGGGCUCAAGACCACCCACCCCCACAGGGAACCGGGGGAGAUGCUCUCUAAACUUGUCGCCUACAGCUCCAAACUGGCUCACUCAAGCGUGGAGAAGGCGGCGCUGAUCGGGUUUGUCAAGCUGAGACAACUGGAGCAUGACGAGAACUUCUCACUCAGGGGCGACGUGUUGGAGAAAGCUAUGCAGGAAGACAUAAGACUUGGUCUGGUACCAUUUUUUGUGUGCGCCUCCUUGGGCACGACAACCUGCGGCUCGUUUGACAACCUGCAAGAGGUGGGGGAGGUGUGCACCAAACAUGGCGUCUACCUGCACAUUGACGCGGCGUACGCAGGGGGAGCUUUCGUCUGUCCGGAAUUUCAGCACUUUAUGAAUGGUGUGGAGCACGCCGACUCGUUUUGUCUAAAUCCCUACAAGCUACUUCAAGUCGGUGUGGAUGGUUCCAUGAUGUGGGUAAGGAAUCUCAAAACACUGACCAGUUCGUUGACCGUUGACCCUUUGUAUCUGAAACACAAACAUGGAGACGAGUCCUUGGAUAUCAGGCACCGAGGAAUCCAUUUGUCCCGCAGAUUUCAGGCACUGAAGGUUUGGUUCGUCAUCAGGACUUACGGGUUGGAGGGUCUUCAGGCUAGGAUCAGAGAGCACGUGCGACUGGGAAAAUAUUUUGAAGCUCAAGUGGCAGCAGACGAGAGGUUCGAGGUCGUCGCCAAGGUGACGCUGGGUCUCGUCUGCUUCAGGCUUCGGGGUUCGAACGAUCUGAAUGAGCAGCUGCUGGAGACAGUAGUCAAAAAGGGGAGGGUACACAUGGUCCCUGGUAUGUUGAACGGGAGCUACGUCAUCAGGUUUAGCGUGUGUACACCCCGCACUACAGAAGACGAUAUCUUGUUUUCCUGGGACGUCAUAAGGUCUACAGCUGAAGAGAUUUUAGAGAAGCGACAACAACGGUGUGAUGGCUGUCAGGACAAUGGCUCUAUGGUGGACAGUGGUUGUGGAAAUUACGAUGACAGCAGAGUUGUAAAUGGGCAAGACGACACAGUCAUAGAACGUGAGCUCUGGGCGUGA